AUGUACAUCACCCUCUACUUUCUAGUCACCCGUCUCCCUGAGUCCCUUCGUGCUGUUAGGGACCAGCGCCGCUCUGGCAAGGGCAAGGGGGGCAAGGGAGCGGGUGGAGCUAGCGGGGGCGGUAGCGGAGGAGGUGGGGGCGGCGGGGGGAGUGGGGGUGGCGGUGGAGGUGGUGGCGGGGGUGGAGGUACUAGUGGCGGCAGUGGAGGCGGAGGUGGCGGCGGAGGUGGCGGUGGAGGUGGCGGUGGGAGCGGCGGGGGCGAGGGCGGCGGUGGCGGCGGUGGCGGCGGAGGCGGGGGUGGCGGUGGUGGAGGUGGUCGGAGUGGCUCGUCCCAGCGGAGCAGCACUGGGGGUGGUCAGCGCCAGCAGCAGCAGCAGCAGCAGCAGCAGCAGCAGCAGCAGCAGCAGAAGCAGCGCUCUCGCGACGUCCCCGCCCCUCAGCAGCUCCGUGAGUGGUACUAG